AUGCUUUUUUCUGGAUCACCCAAAAUAUAUAGUUAUAACAAAAAAGGAAAUAUAAAAAAGCUAGAUUUUUUUUCUUGUAAAAGCAUUAUUUUACCUCAAGAGCACAUUGACACUAAGAACAAUUUAAUUUGCACAACCAAAGUAAUUCCAAAUACGUACGAAACAAUUUGUGAUAACAUUUUCAAAAUGCAGAUGGCACAUGAUAAUAAUUAUGACAACGAAAGAAUGGGUACUAAUGCAUAUGAUAAUAGAAACUCAAAUAUAUAUAGUGUGAACAUAGUACCAUGUGACGAUGGUAAUUUCAACAACUAUACUGAUGUCAAUGUUAAUGUAAAUGUUAAUGCUAAUGAUAUGAACCAACCAUUAAUGUUUGAAGAUGGUGCACAAGGCAGUGCAGAUCCUGCACAACCAAUAGACCCCGGUGUUGUAGCUGUUUCAAAUGCUUUAUUUGCUUAUAACAACGCUUUUCAAUGUAUACCUAUUAAAUCAUCUCCAAACGUGUUCAGACGAAGAUCAAAAGGAGAAGCAAAUUCUGAAUGGAGCAAUGCUUUUGUAACAAGAGUAGAUCCUUGUGCAUGUGGAGAUGCAGAAGAAGAAUUCAAACCAUAUGAAGUUACAAAAUAUUAUGAUGAAGGAAAGGUUAAAACUGUAUUCAACUUCGACCAGGAUAACUGCAAAGAAGCCAUUUGA